AUGACUGAAUCUACUGCACGUAUCUUCCACAAUGGAAAGUUCUUCCAAAGCAGUGGUACAGAUGGGAAGAACCACAGUUUCGCAGAGUGCGUCGUGACAGACGCAUCGGGCAAGAUUGCCCAUGUGGGAAACCUCAGCGAUGAGCAGGUCGCAAGUGCCGAAGCAGCUGGCGCAGCAAAGCAAGAUAUGCAGGGCCAGAUCGUGCUGCCCGGCUUCUUCGACGGCCACAUCCAUCUGCUCAGUCUGGGACAGGCCAUGAGGAGUCUGUCUCUACGACACUGCAAGAACCUGGACGACAUCAAAUCCACUAUCAAGAAGUACGCUGCAGCGCAUCCCGAGAAACAGAGGAUUGUGUGCAACGAAUGGAUGUUCGCCAUGACGCCUGGCAAGGUGCAUGCCAAUAUGUUGGAUGACAUUGACCCGAGGCCAAUUUUCAUCGACGAAAAGAGUCUGCAUGGCACGUGGUGCAACACCGCUGCCCUCAAGGAAUUAGGGAUCAUUGAUGAGGGUGAGGUCGAGGGUGGAAUCAUCGAGAGGGAUAGCGACGGAAAAGCUACCGGUCUGCUCCUGGAGUCAUGCGUCAUGCUCAUCAUCUGGCCCCAUCUUGCUAGAAUGGCGCCCAUGGAAGACAAGGUGGCUGCCCUGAAAGGGGCUAUCGAUGCCCUGAAUGCAGUUGGAUACACAGGAGCAGUCGACAUGGCCCUCGAUGAGAACUCAUUGGAGGCGCUACGCGCGCUCCGACAGAAGGGCGAGCUGCCCAUCAGACUGGCGGCCCACUGGCUCAUCGCCCCCAAGAAGAACGAGGCCGAGAACCUGGCCCAGGUCGACAGGGCUAUCGAGCUGUGGAAAGAGCUGAACGCCGAGACGAGCCCAGACUUCCGGAUCGCGGGCAUCAAGAUCAUCUGCGACGGCAUCAUCGACGCCUGCACCGCUGCGCUGCUCGAGCCGUACUCGACCAACGGCACCAACUCGGGCCCGAUCUGGACGCUGGAGGAGAUCGCGCCCGUGGUCAGGAAGGCCGACGCGGCGGGCCUGCAGUGCGCGCUGCACGCCAUCGGCGACUACGCCUGCAAGAUGGCCAUCGACGCGCUGGAGCAGAACACGACGCCCGGCCGCCGGCACCGCAUCGAGCACCUCGAGAUGACCAAGCCCGAGGACGCCGCGCGCCUCGGCAAGCUGGGCAUCACGGCCUCCGUGCAGCCGGUCCACUCGGACCCGGCCAUCCUCCGCGCCUGGCCGAAGCUGCUGGGCGAGGGCCGCUGUGGGCGCGCCUUCGCCUACAAGGACUUUGCCGACGGUGGCGCCGUGCUCGCGCUGGGCUCCGAUGCCCCCACGGCACCGUACCCACCCUUCCCCAACAUGUACACGGCGGCUACCCGGCGCUCGGCUCGUGAGCCCGAGCUCGAGACUGUCGUCAACCCUCAGUUCGCCCUUGAGCUGUCUGCCGCUGUCGCGGCUGCUACGGCAGGAUCGGCGUAUAGCUGUUUCGCCGACGGCAGUGCAGGCAAGCUGGAAGUGGGGCGGUCUGCUGACUUUGCUGUGGUGGACAUGGAAUGGGACGCCAAGAAGUUGUUGCAAGCCAAGGUCAAGCAGACCUGGUUCAAGGGCAAGAAAGUGUUUGGUGAUGCGUAG